AUGUCCACAGGGGCCCAGUCCUGUCCUGGCUCUUGUCGACUCCCGCGGACACCUCAGGUUUCGUCUUAAAUUAAAGAAGUCCCACCCAGGAUGGUGUCCUUAACGAUGACAGGGUUGGGAGUCUUGUCUCUCCUGGUGGCCGGAGUGUCCUGCGUUGUCCCCGGGUUCGGCUUUCCUGCUGCCUACCCUCCUCCCACGCCACCAUUAGCCAUCAUCGCAGAGAGCCCCUACAGCGUAGCCAAGUACUCAGCCCGAGUGCCACUCCUCAUGGUCGAUCGCAGCACUCUGACCAUGAUCCGGAAUGCGGAGAUAAGCGCCGUCUCUCCCACCGAGCCUUUGGUCACUUGCAGGACCGGAAACAGAUUUGUUACUGAGGCCACACCAGCAGUACAGGUGGUGCUGAAGCAGCCCAUGUACAUCAGUCCUCAUCAGCACUCCGUACAGUUUCCUGCCGAGUUGUCUGUGCUGUACGGGGGCUUGCGCAUGGGGUUGCCGGUGGGGGCGGUCGUGGCCCCGGUACCCCACCAAGGCUUUAACGGCCCACACCUCGUCAGGGUCGUGUACGCCAUCCCCUCUGGACCCCUACCCCUGCAGUACCCGUACUAUGACCCCUUCUCUUACAGAGCUCCAGUGUAUCCCCAAACUCAGGUGUUGCCAAUAGCUCCCUUCCAGGUUAGCUACCGCCCGUCCCAUCAGUACACUUCCGUAGCCGCCCCCGCCCCGCAGGAGGUGUCCAACGCUAUCGCCGACGUAAAGCGACCAAAGCCCCCCACCGUCACCGUUCUCAAGUUCCCUUCCACCUUGGCCUCGCCAGAGGUACUCUACUACCAGCCUCCAUUGGACGACUCCGAGCUCGGCAACCGAGGACCACCAGAGGCCAUCGCCCCCGCGGGCAUCGUCCAAUCCUCCCAACCGGUCGCCAGCCUCGAGUCCUUCCUCAACUCCAAAGAAUCGCCGGAGCUAUCCGCCCUCAGAGAGCAGGCGGAGAAGAAUAAGGACAAAGUGGACGAGAGCAAUCAGGGGGUGGAGUCGUUAUAAAAUGUGAGGAAGGAAAAUGUCAAUGCCUUUUAGGCAUCAUGUAAAAUAAACACUUAAGAUUGCACGCAAGUCUGGGUAAUUAACGGGCGAAAUUACAUUUGACAAUUUUAUAGCUUUUCCUCCAAUUAGUGUAAUUGGUUUUUGGUUGAAAAUUUUUAUUUUUAAAGAAUAAAAUUGGUUGAUGUCCUUUAAGAUACAAUUUCUCAGGACAUGAAAAGUGUAUUAUUCUACAAGAAGAGAUAGGAAUCUAAGCAGAAUUUUUGGAUAUUGUAAAGUCAGGCCCAAAAACAACACAGUUGAAGAUAAUAUUAUUAAACUUAUUACAGUAUGUACAUGAAAGAUGACUCAAAGUGUAAUAUACGUUUUAUUUAUACAACAUUUAAUUUCCUUAAGGACACUAUAAAAACGUGCAAUUUUUUAAAAUUAUAUUUUAUUACACAUAUCAUUUUCUUAGUCAUAAAUGAAAAAACUCCAUGAAACAACUAAUACUGUGCAUGCUGUAAAACUUUAACUAUUUUAUCUGCAACAGUUUCAAUAUUGCCAAAUAACAAAGUUAUCUAAAUUCAAUAACUGCAACUCUUUGAGGAGUUAUAAUCUAUUACUUUUUCUGUCUUCAAUGAAGUUAUCGUAAAGGGCUGUAAAAUUACAUCAAAAUAAUAUUUUUUCGAACAAGACAUCGAUUGCACUAGAGUCAGAAAACUAGUCAUUAUACUGUGCCUUCACUCUGGUCUCCAAAUACUACAUCAAUCUUUAAUUCCUGGCUUUAACAAUGUAAAUUCCUAUCACAAAUUUAUUACAAAAUAACCAUAAAAAGCUACAGUAUUUGGAAAAGUGUUUCUAAAAUGAGUCUAUGUUUUAAUUACAAACAAAAUCAGUUCAAAAAUACUUUUACUGAAAAUGUUUAAGAGAUCUCUUAACCUUGAAUUUGUGAGCUUAUUUUGUUAUUACUAACAAUUUUGUAGCUACUAUAACUCUUUCUACACUCUGCUGCUCCCUGUGCUAUCAGCAACCGGCAGAGUCAGCACUCCGCCCAUAUGUCCUGGCCUUGCUGGAUCCAGCACUGCUGAAGAUGCCAGUAGUAAGGUUACCAUUUUAAUUUUUAACAAGUGUUAAUCCAAAAAUUUAUAUUCCUCUUUUAAGAUAAACUUUAAUGAGUAAUAAACUUUAUUCCACAAA